CACAAAUCAACUGGCUUAGGGCACCGGAAUGGCCAGCAUCGACACUGAGAGGGACCUGCACAGACAAGACAUGGCAUCAUAUUCACCAACCUUUUAGAAUGACAGAAAUAUAAAGAAGCUGAUGAAGGUCUGCUGCUGGAAACGCUCCUCAUGACAGGUGUGAUACCAGGCUUCCUGGCAGACAGAAUCGUACGGCUGAAGAGCUCAUCUCCUGAUGAAGAGGAGACCUCUCACUGUAUACGCACGCAACCAUAGAACUCUCACUGUGAGUAGGCCUCCCCUUCUGAUGGAUCCAGCCCUCAGCUCCCCAGAGCAGCUCCGCUCCUCUGACCCCCAGACGACCUUUGACCUUAGUAAGGUGCUACUGGCUGUGGCGCUGUCUGUGUUGGCUGUGGCAGCGGCGGGGGUCAAUGCGCUGGUCAUCACGUCCAUCCUGGCCACACGGAAGCUGCGCAGUCCUGCCAAUUUCCUGAUCUGCUCGCUGGCGCUGACCGACCUGCUGGUGUCAGUGCUGGUGAUGCCAGUCAGCAUCGUGUCUCUGACCGCAGACGGGCGCUGGCAUCUGGGCGCGGCGCUGUGCAACCUGUGGCUGGGCAUGGACGUCGUCUGCUGCACCUGCUCCAUCCUGCACCUGGCCGCCAUCGCGCUCGACCGCUACCGCGCCAUCACCGACGCCGUGGCGUACGCGCAGAAGCGCACGGCGCGCCACGCCCUGCUCACCGUCGCCGCCGUCUGGCUGCUCAGCGUGCUGGUGUCGCUGCCCCCGCUGGUGUGGAGGAGGCAGGACACCGCAGACACGCUGGACGAGGACGGGCCCACGCAGUGCGUCAUCGAGCACGACCACGUGGCCUUCACCGUCUACUCCACGUUCGGCGCUUUCUACGUGCCGCUGUUCCUCAUCCUGGUCCUGUACUAUCGGAUCUACCGGGCGGCCCAGACCCUGCAGGACCGCCGCGGCAGCCGCCGGCCGUGUCUGACCGUGAGCAGCGCUGUUCUGCCGGGGGAGGGGUCCGGGUCGGGCGCGCUCAGUCCCGUCACCCUCAGCCCGACCGAGCGCUCCUUCUCCGAGCCGUCCAAUGAGGGUGAGCGUGCCUGCAUGGCCGGUCCAUGGCGCGCUCCUCCACUGCGUACCCCCUGCCGACCCCCAGGGGUCGCCCGUGAGCGCAGGGCCGCCCUCACGCUGGGGCUCAUCCUGGGCGCCUUCGUGGUGUGCUGGCUGCCCUUCUUCCUGAAGGAGGUGAUCGUCAACAGCUGCCCAUCGUGCCACACGCCUGCGGCACUGGCGGAUGGCCUCACCUGGCUGGGCUACCUGAACUCGCUCAUGAACCCGCUCAUCUACACCAUCUUCAACCAGGACUUCAAGAAGGCCUUCAAGAGGCUGCUGGCCGUCCGCUGCACACACCACAGGUGAGCUGCAGGUGAGCUGUGGGCUCAGGCGCUGUCUCCUUGUUGCAGACUGGUCAUCGGGUGCCAUCUCUGUGAAGUUCUCUGUCGCUCUAUGGACGUUCUAUCGACACUUCAGAACUGCAGCGUUUAUGUGAAGCCAGCAUCGUCUUGUUUCCAUGGACAUCUCAGAACUGCAGCGCUUAUGUGAAGCCAGCAUCGUCUCGUUUCCAUGGAUACGUCAGAACUGCAGCAUUAAUGUGAAGCCAGCAUCGUCUUGUUUCCAUGGACAUCUCAGAACUGCAGCGCUUAUGUGAAGCCAGCAUCGUCUCGUUUCCAUGGAUACGUCAGAACUGCAGCAUUAAUGUGAAGCCAGCAUCGUCUUGUUUUCAUGGACAUCUCAGAACUGCAGCACUUAUGUGAAGCCAGCAUUGUCUCGUUUUCAUGGAUAUGUCAGAACUGCAGCAUUAAUGUGAAGCCAGCAUCGUCUUGUUUCCAUGGACAUCUCAGAACUGCAGCGUUUAUGUGAAGCCAGCAUCGUCUCGUUUCCAUGGAUACGUCAGAACUGCAGCAUUAAUGUGAAGUCAGCAUCGUCUCGUUUCUAUGGACGCCUCAGAACUGCAGCAUUUAUGUGAAGUCAGCAUCGUCUCGUUUCUAUGGACGCCUCUAAAUGGCAGUAUUUAUGUGAAGUCAGCAUCGUCUCGUUUCUAUGGACGCCUCAAAAUGGUAGCAUUUAUGUGAAAUCAGAGUUGUUUUGUUUCUAUGGACACAAUCAAUGCUUGAAUUUCCCCUGGGGAUAAAUAAAGUAUCUAUCUAUAUAUUCAUCUAUCUAUCUAUCAU